AUGAGGCAGAAGGGGAAACUCAUUCAAAGGACGCGGCCGACAAGGCAAGGUGCCAAAAGAUGGUCGCUGAGUAUCUGGCGUUCCAGGCCACCCAGAAGGCAGAAGGCAGAAGCCGCGAAACGCAAUCGUUCGCAGGACGAAAGCGACAAACCAACGAAGAAGCACAAAGUGUCGGUUCACACCGCUUCAAUACCAAAAUCAACCAAACGCUCAUUUAAUGAGGUGACACGGGAUCACCUGCAAAUAGCGUUGGUUGCUGAAAUAACUAACCGCGGUAAACCUGCAUAUGAUAAGUGGUCCGUAAUCGAGGCACGGCUGUCCCGCAUUGUCGUCGAUCACGUCAUGGCAAACCCGGAGGGUCAUGUGCCAGGAUUUGAUUCAAUGGAGGUGGUCCGCGGAUACAGGGUGCUCAAGUGCGAUGAUCAACUCUCCCUUAACUUCCUGCAAACAGUUGUAGGCAAGAUCCAGAGCGACUGGGAAGGUUUGAGGCUCAAACUAAUCCCGGCCAGCGAAAUCCCUCGACGGCCGAGGGCUCGCAUCUGGAUUCCGAACAUGGAAUUUGAAGCUAAGCUACUUAUUCCAUACCUGCAGGCACACAACCGCACUGUUCCGAUGGAUGACUGGAGCAUCAUCAAAGUGGAGGCUCCGCAAAAGCAAAAGAACAGUGUGUCGUUCCUUCUCCAAAUAUCGGAGGAGAGUAUCGCGCCACUGGGAAAAGUGGACAAUAAACUUCGGUUCGGCGUUAGGUAA